AUGUCUAAAGUUGCAGAUUUCCUUUCAAAAAUCGCUAUUCCAGCAGGUAUCGCUGUUAGUGCAGCUCAAUAUUCAAUGUAUGAUGUUAAAGGUGGUUCAAGAGCUGUUAUUUUCGAUAGAAUAAGUGGUGUUCAACAAACUGUUGUUGGUGAAGGUACACAUUUUUUAAUUCCUUGGUUACAAAAAGCUGUUAUAUAUGAUGUUCGUACUAAACCUAGAAAUAUUGCAUCAAAUACUGGUACAAAGGAUUUACAAAUGGUUUCUUUAACUUUAAGAGUCUUACAUCGUCCUCAAGUGCAAAAUUUACCUCAAAUAUACCAAUCUUUAGGGUUGGAUUAUGAUGAAAGAGUUUUACCAUCCAUUGGUAAUGAAGUUUUAAAAUCUAUUGUUGCACAAUUUGAUGCAGCUGAAUUAAUUACUCAAAGAGAAGUUGUAUCAGCAAGAAUUAGACAAGAAUUAAGUGAAAGAGCUAAAGAAUUUAACAUCAAACUAGAAGAUGUUUCAAUUACCCAUUUAACUUUUGGUAAAGAAUUUACAAAAGCUGUUGAACAAAAACAAAUUGCACAACAAGAUGCUGAAAGAGCUAAAUUUGUUGUUGAAAAAGCUGAACAAGAAAGACAAGCUUCAGUUAUCAGAGCUGAAGGUGAAGCUGAAUCAGCUGAUUACAUUUCAAAAGCUUUGAAUAAAGCUGGUGAUGGUUUAUUAUUGAUUAGAAGAAUCGAAGCUUCAAAAGAUAUUGCAACCACUUUGGCCAACUCUAGUAAUGUUACUUAUUUACCAGGUGGUAGUCAAGGUGCUGGUGGUGCUGAGCAAAAAGCUAACCCAAAUAGUUUAUUAUUGAACUUGGGACGUUAA